AUGGGGACUGUUGCAAUUUCUGUAGAUUCCAAAUUAAAUGUUUGGGGGGCAAGAAGUGGGGAAUCAACUUCGUAUCUUCAUAAGCCACCAAAGGUUUUAAGCAGUGUUGGUCCUUCACCAAAAAGGAUUUCCUUUGGUGCUAAGAAUGUCGGAAUGGAAAAGGAUCCAAAGUCUGUUGCAGGAUAUAGAGGAACUACAGUAUUAAAAACUCCUUUGGGUGGUGCAAGAAACAUUGUGCCUAGGUCUAAGCCAUCUUCGAAAUCUUCUUCUUGCUCCCCAGCCUCGACCAAAACGGAGCUGAAUUUUUCUUGUUCCUCACUUGAAAGUUGCGCCAGUAUUUCGUCUAACAGAACUAAUUUAUCUUCCUUCAAUUUGAUUAAGCAUAAAAAUGGCUCCAGAAUUGUACCAAAAAGUAAAAUUCAAGCAGGAUGUUCAAAGCUCCCAACUAUUUUGAAGUCUUCUAGCAAGAUCUCUUCCGGUAUAUCUCCUGCAAGCUCUAUCAGUGAAUGCCUUAGCUCUGGCUCCCGCAAGGGACCUGCUAUAAAUCGUGACACUCAAUCACAGAACCAUCCUACAGGUAAGUGCUCACGAGGAGAUGGUGCUGAGGUUACUGGCUCGCUUAAUGAAAUUGAAAACAAAGUUUCAGCUGGAACUAGUAAACUUCUUCAUCCAACUUCAGUGAAACCCUCCGGCCUCCGCAUGCCAUCACCAAAACUUGGCUUCUUUGAUGGGGUACGAUCAUUGGGACGCACUCCGAAUGGGAGUAUGCUGUCUCACCCUGGUGUACCUAGUGGUUUGCCUAAAAUUGGAGCAAAAAACACUAGUCCAAGUGGAAUCUCAAACAAGGCAAAGAUUGGAAAGCUUCAACCUGUUAGAACGCUUACUGCAAUCCAAAGCCCCAAGGUUGAUGUUAAGCAAAUUUCCACUGCUAUAAAUUCGAGAUCUUCCUUAUCUAUUCGAAAAUCUCCAAUUGCUGCAACAUUGGCACCAAGUUCUUCAAGGAACCUCAAAACCAGCCCUAGCAUAUCUCCAAAACUUCAGAAUAAAUCCUCUCCCAGAAAUGGUAUUGGUUCGGCCGAAAAAGUAGCAGGCCAGAGAAGCAAGGAUGGUGCUGACACAAAGGAUACCAAGAUUGUUCCUGUCGAUGGAGAACUUGAAACAACUUCUAAUGUAGCUUCCAAGUCCGAUGUUGAAAACACAAUUGCAUCAAAAGAAGCAGCUGAAAAUGACACGCACAAGAAUACAUACCUCAAUACUAAGACAGUUUUCUUCUAUGACGCCAGCAAGAAGGAAGAAGCUCCCGCCGAAGACGAAAUCGACAUUGUUAAGAAAGAACCUAUUGCUAAGUUUGAGAACAGUUUGUCAAAUGCCACUCCAACCUCUCCAUCCCCAAUGACCUCUGAAGUUACUUGUGGCCCAAGGGUACCUUUCUCAGUCAAGGGUUCUUUUUACAAUACGGAUGCAUCACAUGAUGUAUUAUCAGGAUUAGCAGCAGCCGAGAAGACAACCCCAGUACCAUGUCUGGAGAGCAUCUUUCCUGAGAAUAAUAUCUUACUGCAGCAGUCUAGUUUCAGAUUCUUUCAAGGUACCUUGGUAUGUGCCUUUUUCAAUGAUUCUUAUUUGGAACUUUUUUGA